AGGGGGAUUCGCCACAUGAGCAUUAACCACCACUUGCAAUGCAUCUCCCUGCUGAGAGACUGCAAGACCCUCAGCCACCUCAAACAAAUCCAUGCGCAUGCCUCCAAGACCGGCCUCGACGCCGACCCCCUCAUCGCCGGGAAGCUCCUCCUCCUCGCCGCCACCACCCUCGCCGACGCAUUGGACUACUCUCGCCGCCUCUUUUCCCACAUCCCCUCCCCCGACCCCUUCAUGUACAACACCCUCAUCCGCGGGCUCUCCGAAUCCGAUCACCCCCACCACUCCCUCCUCACCUACAACCAAAUGCGGCGGGACUCGGUCCCUCCUGAUAGCUUCUCGUUCGCCUUCGUCCUUAAGGCGGCUGCCAAUUGUAAGUCACCGAACGUCGGGUGGCAACUCCAUUCUCACGUCAUUCAUCAUGGUUUUGAGUCACAUCUCUUCGUUGGGACUACGCUCGUCAGCAUGUAUGCGGAACGUGGCUGCCUGGCCUCUGCUCGGAAGGCGUUCGAUGAUAUACCCCAACCAAACGUCGUUGCUUGGAAUGCCAUUGUAACUGCUUGUUUUCGGGUGGAUGAUGUAGAGGGCGCGGAGAGGCUUUUCGAACGAAUGCCCUGGAAGAAUUCGACUUCUUGGAAUGUCAUGCUUGCGGGUUACACAAAAGCUGGUGAGUUGGGGUCUGCGAGGAGUUUAUUUCUUUCAAUGCCUAACAAGGAUGCGGUAUCCUGGAGUACCAUGAUCACUGGCUUUGCCAGCAAUGGGCUUUUCGGUGAUGCUUUCGGCUUCUUUCGGGAAUUGCUGAGGGAGGGAUGCAGGCCGAAUGAGGUGAGCUUGACUGGUGUCCUCUCAGCAUGUGCUCAAGCAGGGGCUUUAGAGUCGGGCAAGAUCUUGCACGCGCACAUAGAGAAGGCUGGGCUUGGUAGCAUUAUCUCUGUGGGCAAUGCACUCUUGGACAUGUAUGCAAGGUGUGGGGGCAUUCUUAUGGCGUCUAGAGUUUUUGAUUGGGAGAUGGAGAAGAAGAGCAUUGUGUCUUGGACAUCAAUGAUUGCAGCACUAGCAAUGCAUGGCUAUGGAGAGGAGGCAAUCCAACUUUUCCAUAAAAUGGAGGAGCACAGGAUGAGGCCUGAUGGAAUAACCUUCAUCUCCGUGCUGUAUGCUUGCAGCCAUUCAGGAUUGAUGGAACAAGGACAUAAAUUUUUCCAGGAAAUGGAAAGUACAUAUGGAAUUGAGCGGUCGAUCGAGCAUUAUGGCUGCAUGGUUGAUCUCUAUGGGCGAGCAGGACUACUGGAUAAGGCCUAUGAGUUCAUAACCAACAUGCCUAUGAAACCCAAUGCCAUAAUCUGGAGGACAUUGCUUGGGGCCUGCAGCAUUCAUGGAAAUGUUCGAUUGGCAGAGCAUGUGAGGGAAAAGCUAUCAGAGCUUGAUCCCAGUGACUCUGGUGAUUAUGUUCUACUUUCCAAUAUCUAUGCUGUGGCUGGAAAAUGGAAGGAUGUUGCUAGUGUGAGGAGGUCUAUGAGCGAACAGAGAAUUCAGAAGACUCCUGGUUGGAGCUCGAUCGAGGUUGAUAAGGUUGUGUACACAUUUGUUGCAAGCGAUGACAUAAGUGAUGUGAAAGAGGAGGCUCAUAAAAAAUUGACUGAGGUAAUGCUGAGACUUAAGAUGGAAGGCUAUGUCCCAGAGAUCAUGAGUGUUUUGCAUGAUGUUGAGGAGGAAGAGAAGGAGGAUGCCAUUUUGAGGCACAGUGAGAAACUUGCGGUGGCUUUUGGGUUGGCAAGAAUGCAUGGGGAGAGUGUCAUAAGGAUUGUGAAGAAUCUGAGGAUAUGUCCGGAUUGCCAUACUGUAAUGAAGCUGAUAUCAAAGGUGUACAAAAGGGAGAUUGUGGUGAGGGAUCGCAGUCGAUUUCACUCUUUCAGCGAGGGUUCCUGUUCUUGCAGAGAUUACUGGGAACAGCUCAAAAGUUAAUGCCUGUCCAAACUUGCUGCUGGUUCAAAGAGGCAUCUAGCUGCGGAUAAGGUGGGAAUUGGAUGGACUUGCCUACCAAAUUCCACGGAACAUGGCUUUGCCACAUGGUUGGAUUCUUUACAAAAACCAAAAGGUACGUAUUUUUGAAGACAGACUGAGUUAAUUCAUGGUACUUCAAGAGACCUACUACGUGAAGCCAUUUAAAAGAGGAUAUGAGACAGUAUAUUGCCCCAUCUCAUUCGCUCUGGAUUUCGUACGUUCCUAACCACGUGCAUUACUUUGACUGGCUAAUUCUAGUUUUUAAGUACAAGAAAAGUGUGAUCCAUGUAACUCACUGAGU